CUGUAAUUGUGACAUUCUCAAGCGGUGCAUUGUGGGAAAUGGUGUCCGCAGCCAUCGCUCUGGCCUUCGUGCCGCUGCUGCUCACGCUGCUCAUCCGGUACCGGUUCUACUUCGUGCUGUUCUACCGAGCCGUGCUGCUCCGCUGGAUUCAGGACUUUAUGACGGGCCUCAGCAGGGAGGAGAGGGUGUACGAGUACGUCCUCACACACGCCACGCCCGGAGAUCCGGACAACAUCCUCAACACCUUCGACCUCUGGUGCAGCAACGUCGAGUUCAUCAGCCAUAUAGGACCUAAAAAAGGGCUGAUUCUGGACCGUCUGCUGAAGGAGCUCUGUCCCCUGACGGUGCUGGAGCUCGGGACGCACUGCGGCUACACCACGGUGAGGAUGGCUCGCUCGCUGCCCCUCGGCGCUCGGCUCUACUCAGUCGAGAUGGACGAGAGGAACGCACGAGUGGCCGAGAAGAUCAUCCGACUGGCUGGUUACGACGAGGACACAGUGGAGCUGAUCGUGCGACCUUCUGACGAGGUGAUUCCCCGCCUGCGUGAGGAUUUCGGAGUCGAGCGGUUGGACUUUGUGUUCAUGGACCACUGGAAGCGGUGCUACCUGCCGGACCUGCGGGCACUGGAGGACAGCGGGCUGCUGGGCGAUGGCUCCGUGGUGCUGGCCGAUAACGUGCUGUUUCCCGGCGCUCCCAGCUUCUUGCGCUACGUGCGUCGCUCCGGCCUCUACGAACACCGCGUGCACCGCGCAGCACUCGAAUACAUCAGAGGGAUCCGUGACGGAAUGGCCGAACUCGUGUACCGCGGCAUCAAGUAAAGGACACGCGCGAUCCGAGCACCGAGACACGGAGCACGAGCUCUCGGUUACUGCGGCUACACGAGAGACCGCGUGAUCACGCAGGAACCAGAACCGAGAAACACCAUCAUCAAACUGCAGAUUCAAAAUGCACAAGUAACAAAACCAUAAAAUUUUUUCAGAAAUGUCAGUAAAACUUUCCUUUGAAUAAAAUAAAG